AUGUCAGACGAAGUUUCAAUCACCCCCCAACAGAGGAUAAAUGCCGCUCGCGGCCACAAAGCAGAAUAUAAAGCGUUGAGCAAUGAAUGUGUUUCCAUCGAGGCGAAGGAGCAUGCAAGAGAGAUACUACUGAAGUUGAACAAUGAGGAGGCACACCAGGAGCUUGGUGAAAAAAACAUGUACAUGCCAUAUCACCGCCACCGGCGAAGCUCAUAUGCGGGCGAGAGGCCAGUUUCUCCCCAAAACAUAAUUAAUGUAGCUCGUGGAUACAAGGCAGCUAUUCACAAUCCACUUGUGUCGGAAGAAGGAAGAGAACAUGCGUGGAACAUGUUGCAACAGAUGGACGACGAAGAAGCUCGACAGGAAUUGUAUGAUGAUCAAGAGAGAGCUAAGGAACCUGUCAGAGUUGCGGCGGGUCUAAAGGCCGCACAGAAAAAUUCGCUCGUCGGUGAGGACGGUCGUCAGCGAGCCGCUGAGCACUUGUAUGAGAUUGAGCAGUAG